GGAACGAUUAUAAAAUAUUGAAAAUGGGUUGAAUGAGCUGACUCGAGAAAAGACCUGGAGAUAGAGGUGGCGUUGAGUCUUCCUCCUUGUCGAAACAUCCCAGAUUCUCGCAGAAGGACGAAGGAAAAAUACCAGAAACAAACGAAACAAAUGAAAUCAGUGAACUGAAAGAAAGAGUUAAGAAGGAAAAUGAAAUCGGUAGAUCUUUCUUCCUAAGCUUAAAAUUUGAAAGAGCAGCUGCAGCUUAUAAAAAUGCUCUGAGGAUACACUCUGGGCUAAGCACUAAACUGAUCUUGUUGUAUCCUUAUAAGGACUACAAGAAACUUAGUGCGAUCAUAAACUCCAAUAUGGCAAGAUGUUACUUAAACAUGAUGGAAUAUGAAAAGGGUCUAAAGUACUGAGAAAAGGCUAUAACUGAAGACUAUGAGUACAUCAAAGCUUAUGUAAUUAAGGGAGAUAUCCUUAUGAACCUGGCAAGUUCUAGCAGAGAUUUUGACCAAGCCCAUGAAGCUAGAGAGUGAUUUCGAAGAUGUAUGAUUUUGUGAGAAAGACUCAACAAAGAUAAACACUUUACAUCACAAAUCGAAGAGAAGGUUAACUAUUCAGAACAGCUAUGCAAAGUUCUAGGAGCUGGAUUCUGCAUAAAGUCCCUUCAAUCAACCAAGGGGAAGUUUGAAGCAAUUUUCAAGAAGUUAAUUGAUAAAAAGCCAUCAGAAGAGCAAGAAAAAAUAGAGGAAUAUAAAGAAUUUCUGUUCAAAAGGAUCAAAAAUCGUGAGGAAGAGCUCGAAAGUAUCCAAAAAACCACUGAUUGAUCUCCUAUUGGAAUUAUAAAUAACGUACCCGAGCAUCUCGAAUGUAGGAUCACUCUGGACUUGAUUGACAACCCGUAUUGCACUUCUUCAGGGCACUCAUACUCUAAAGAUCCUUUACUGACUCAUAUCAGGUUAAAUGAGGAUGAUCCGAUGACUCGUGAAUACAUUUGCAAGUUUAAGCCAGGUUUGAUAGAGAAUAAAGCAUUGGCCCGAGCAGUAGAAGAUUUUAAGGACAAAAAUAAUCUGUAUUAA